UGUGUAAGUUUCCUGAUCAGGAUUCAACACGGGACACAAUCUCCAGUUUGAAGUGUUUGCAGUUUUCCUUCAAGGAGCUAAAACCACAGCAGGUAAAGUUCAUGGCUUCCUCCUGCAGUAUCCUGUGUGAAGAUCAGCUCCAGUGUCCCAUCUGUCUGGAAGUGUUCACUGAUCCAGUCACUACUCCAUGUGGACACAACUACUGUAUGAUCUGUCUCAAACAGUUCUGGGACAGCAGUUCACACUGCCAGUGUCCAGUGUGUAAAACCAGUUUCCUAAAGAGACCUGAGUUAUGUGUGAAUACGUUCAUCUCUACACUUGCUGCUCCAUUUAAGAAGUCAGUUCAGGUGAAAUCCCGCACUGCUACAGAAAAUCCCUCCCAAUCUCAGGUGUUCUGUGACAUCUGCUGUGAAAAGAAAUGUGCAGCUGUGAAGUCCUGCCUGAUCUGUAUGGCCUCUUACUGCAAGACUCACCUGGAACCUCAUGAAAGAGUUUCUUCAUUAAAGAAACACAAACUGAUCGACUCUGUGGAGAACCUGGAGGACUACAUCUGUCAGAAACAUGAGAGACCCCUGGAGCUGUUCUGUAGAGACGACCAGACGUGUGUGUGUAAAUUCUGUACUGAGACAGAGCACAAAACUCACAACACUGUUCCUCUAGAGGAGGAGAGCAGAGAGAAGAAGAUCCAGUUGGGAAAAACACAAGUAGAAGUUCAGCAGAUGAUCCAGGAGCGACUGAAGAAGAUUAAGGAAAUCAAACACUCUUUAAAACUCAAUGAAGUGAGUCUUAACUAAUCUACAUCAUUGUGCCUUCAUAAAAACACUAUUAAAAUCAUGUAUAAUCAUAUGGAAUACAACAGUUUAACAGAAAUCACUGAGCUAAAGAGGAGAAACACUGAGCUGGUGCAGCUCUCACACACUGAGGAUCACCUCCACCUCCUACAGAUUUACCCGUCACUGUGCAGCCCUCCACACACCCAGGACUGGACUGAUCUCACAAUUAACACUCAUCUGAAUGUGGAGACUCUGAGGAGAGCUCUGUCUCAGCUUCAGGAAACUCUCAGAGAGGAAAUGGAGGAGAUUACAGAGAUCAAACUGAAGAGAAUUCAACAAUAUGCAGUGGAUGUGACUCUGGAUCCUGAUACAGCUCAUCCUGAAUUCAUCCUGUCUGAUGAUGGGAAACAAGUUACAUGUGGAGACACAGAACAGAAUCUCCCUGAUAAUCCAGAGAGGUUUGAUGAUUUUCUCUAUGUGUUGGGAAAUGAGGGAUUCACCUCAGGGAGAUUUUACUAUGAGGUGCAGGUCAGAGGGACUGAUUGGGAUUUAGGAGUGGUCAUAGAGUCUGCUAACAGGAAAGGGGAUAUUACAGUCAGACCUGAGGAUGGAUAUUGGUCUGUGUGGCUGAGGGAUGAGACUGAAUAUGAGGCUGUAGAAUCUCCUCCUGUCUCCCUCUCCUUGAAACAGGCUCCUCAGAAGGUGGGGGUGUUUGUGGAUUAUGAGGAGGGUUUGAUCUCCUUCUAUGAUGUUGAUGUAAAAUCUCAUAUCUACUCGUUCACUGGUCAGACUUUCACUGAGAAACUUUAUCCAUUAUUCAGCCCCUGUGAUAGUGAUUCAGCACCACUGAUCAUUUGUCCUGCUAAUCAAAUCUAAUAUACAUUUGUAAAUUGUUCUUUAUUUUUUAAUAAAAAAUUAGAACACUGUUAGUAUUAUCUUGAUUUCUUUUUUUGACUGAGAUUAAUAAGAACUUUAAUCAAUUAUAAAUAAAUCUGUUUUAAUGUUGGUCUCAUUAAGAUUAUUUUUCAUGUUAGCGUGA